UCAGUACUUUGAUUUUUAUAUUUAGUUGGAGAGAAUACAGAACAAGAUGUUGUACCAGCAGUAUGUUGCCAAAAAGAAGUUGUUAGAUACCCAGAACCCUCCUGGUACACAGAAUGAGAGAGAACUGUGGCAUGGAACUGCUCCAGAGGCUGUCAACAGUAUCAAUUCCUUAGGAUUCAACAGGAGCUACUGUGGGAAAAACGCAACGGCAUUUGGCGAAGGAGUUUAUUUUGCUGUUAAUGCAGGAUAUUCUGCACAGGACAAAUAUUCCAGACGAGACCCAAGUGGGAAUAAGCUGAUGUACUUGUGUAAAGUUCUGACCGGAGAAUUCACUUUAGGCAAGGCUGGAAUGAGAGUGCCACCUUCAAAGGGUCAACAGUCACAUAUUCUAUAUGACUCAGUUGUCAACAAUGUAUCAAGUCCAGCUAUGUAUAUUAUAUUCAAUGAUACCCAAGGCUACCCUGGCUAUCUGAUAACAUUUCAGUGAGAUUCAGUGAGAUUCAAUAAAAUGAUAAAGAGGUAAAAAAUAAGUGUGUGUGCUAACUUUCUGGACAUGGAACAAUUGAUUUUGAAUUAUUUAGAGUGAAUUUUUGCAAUAUUUUAAGUAAAUCUUAGAAAU